AUGAUGUCGGCAUUGACGAAUAUUGGUUUAAUGAUUUAUUUUGCUCUUGUAGCCCUUAUUGGCACACUAGGCAAUGGGAUUAUUCUAUUAGCUUAUGGAAAUCGUUGGAAUUCAUCAAAAUCAACAUCAGUAAUCUUCAUUCUUGUCCUUGCUUGUGUUGAUCUUUGGACUUGUCUGGUUGUUGUGCCAAGUAUUGCGAUCAUGGAGUAUCGCGAGUUCGAAGUUCCGACACCGCUCUGCCGAUUUUACUCCUUUUCAAAGAUCCUCAUUAUCAUCUCAUCAUUGAUCAUGUCAUUUAUAGCCUUAGAUCGGUUUUUAAAUAUUGCCGUGCCACAUUAUCGACUGUUAAAUCCUCGUCGUGUUAAACUUCUAUUGACAUUAUUUAUACUCAUUGGUAUUGCAAUGGGCCUCUUAACUGCCUUAGCCUUUUCUUCGUCUCCACAAGGUGAAAUUUAUCUUGCGAAUUACACGGAAUUUUUUAUCGAUCAAUCCUAUUAUCUUAAAAACGAAUCUCGGGAGAUCACCAUCACUUACGAACAAAGAAACUCGUCAGCUUUUAACUUAACAAGUCUACUCUACGAACAAUUAGGAAUUCCGACCAAUAUGACGAUCGCGAAUUUGAAUCUAACGUAUCUAUCCACACAUGAAUCAUGCUUUGCCGAUACAACCAUCAUUUCCGAGCCCAUUCGAGAGAUUCUUCGGCAUAUAUCGAACAAAUUCUUCUUCAUUUCUAUCGGCAUCGUCACUAUCUUGUACACGAUCACACUUCUGUUAGCUUUACAUCGACAGAAUCCUCGUAUACGUGCGUUGAAAAAGAGUUUAUAUGUUCUGAACAAAUUCGAUGCAUGUCCAAAUAGUCCACAACAAGUAGCAAUGAAUUCUCAUUCGCAGAAGCCACGUGCUGAUUCGAUUCUUUCGACUUAUUCGCAAUUGAAUGCUUCGAUAAAAAAGAAAUGUCUCUCCACCAAUGAAACCCAACAGUUCGAAAUGGCUAGUUUCAUUAGCAACGAUGAUUUCGACGAACAAAAUCUAUCGAAUAAACCGAAAGCAGACCAUCAAAUCAGCGUUCCCGACGAUCUCGAAAGUUCUAUCGAGAAAUUUCCGAAUAUGAAACAAGUUUCAUUCCAAGUUGCACACAGUGACGAAGUCUUAACUAACAAUGACAAUCAACCUCUCUCCUCCCUCUCAAACUCUUUCGAUAUUGAUUUAGAUAAAAAAACCGAUACCUAUUAUAAAUUUCCAUGUCCAUGUUCAACAACUCGGCAAUUGUUAAUCAAGUUUCACUUUGCUCAACCCACAUUGGAUAUCAACCAAUGGUUUUGUUGUGUGAAAAAAUCGUCGGCAUCAUCAGUUUCGUCAAAUGACCAACAAUCAUCGAUAAUCAGUCCAACGGAAGAUGAAACAUCGAAUAUUUUAUCUCCAACAUCACCCAGUCAUCAUCAACCAUCGGUCUCGAACAGUGAAAUACUCAAACGGCAACUCCAUCGCCAUCGAAUCAAACAAGUCCGCAUGGCAGUGACGUUCCUCUUGAUCACCGUGUCCUUCGUUCUCUUUUAUUUACCAUCGAUACUAAACGCUGAGCGAUAUAUCAAAAGCCCAAUCUGGAUCUACUAUUUGUACUUAUGUACACAUGCAUUAAAUCCCAUAAUUUAUUGUUUUAUGAAUGUAAAUUUACGUGUGUAUAUCAUCUCAAUGUUGAAAUGUCAAACUAAACGAAGAAAACGGAAAAUGGCCGGUAUAGGAACAUCCUUUUUCGAACGUUAA